UCCCCCCCAAGCCCAGUGUGCUGGACAAGAGGCUGGGCUGAGCUCACAAACUUAGUAUUGUGCAGGCCCGGCUAUAGCAGGCACCUCUGUGCUAACGGAUCAUGAUGUUACUGGGCACACUAUGCCUGGUCCUGCUGGCCUCUUCGCUCUUCAUUACUUCCCUGUGUGAGGGACGGACUUUUUUGCCCCCUCAGGCUGCAUCACAAUUCCUUUCACGGAAAAAAAGAGCAAAUUCAUUUUUUGAAGAGAGUAAAGGUGGGGACCUUGAGCGGGAAUGUAUUGAAGAACUGUGUGGUAAAGAAGAAGCUCGGGAGAUAUUUGAGAAUAACCCUGAGACGGAAUAUUUUUAUCCAAGAUAUUUGGCCUGCAUUGGAAAUCAUCGAAAUAGAGAUGAUAAGAUCAGUUACUUGGAUUUUGAUGGACCCGCUGAUCUGAGAUCUUGCAUUACUGCACUUCCAGACCAGUGUAAGCCUUUGCCUUGUAAUAAAGAAGGAUAUAUAGAAUGCAAGGAUGGAAAAGGAAAUUUCACCUGUGUUUGUAAACCCGGCUGGCGUGGAGUGCGUUGUGAUGAAGAUAUUAAUGAAUGUGAGGAUCCAGAAAAAGUGAAAGGCGGCUGCAACCAGCGCUGUGUAAACAUCCCUGGAAGCUACCGUUGUGCAUGUGACGAUGGCUACUACUUGCUUCCUGAUAAACACACCUGUAGCGAUAGAAAUGAAUGUGAGCUGAGCCCAGUGAUCUGUGGAGGGGCACAAUGCAGAAAUACACCAGGAAAGUAUGAAUGUGAGUGUGAUGCUGGAUAUCGGUUUAACACUACAUCGAAAACUUGUGAAGACGUAGAUGAAUGUGCGGAUGAGAUUUGCGGCCAAGUGUGUGUUAAUACGCCCGGAAGUUACAAAUGCUACUGUGAAGGCAGAAAGAAGUUCAAGCUUGCUCAGGACAAGAAGUCGUGUGAACGCAUCCCUGUUUGUGUUCCGCUCAAUUUGGAGACGAAUUACGAACUUCUGUACCUGGCAGAGCAGUUCACAGGGAUACCUGUAGUCUAUCUGCGAUUCAAGCUACCAGAUGUCACAAGGUUUUCAGCAGAAUUUGACUUCCGUACGUAUGAUGGAGAGGGGGUCAUUCUGUAUGCCGAGUCUGCAGAUAGCACCUCAUGGUUUCUUCUGGCUCUGAGAGAUGGAAAGAUUGAAAUUCAGUUCAAGAAUGACUUAUGGACCAAAGUUACAACUGGUGGGAAAGCGAUCAAUAACGGACAGUGGCAUAUAGUGUCCGUGGAAGAACUGGAAAACAGCAUCAGUGUUAAGAUAGCGAAAGAAGCUGUCAUGAAUAUCAACAACCCCAAAUAUCUAUUCAAACCUGUAAAUGGUAUUCUGGAAACCAAAGUCUACAUUGCAGGAUUACCACGGAAAGUAGAAAAUCUAAAUAAACCGAUUAACCCGCGAUUAGAUGGAUGCAUCCGGGGAUGGAAUUUGAUGAAUCAAGGAGCACUGGGGGUAAAAGAAGUUAUUCAAGAAAAGCAAAGCAAACACUGUCUGGUGUCUGUACAGGAAGGCUCCUAUUACCCUGGCGGAGGGGUGGCCCAGAUUUAUGUGAAUUACACAGACAACACUUUGGCUGAUGGAGAUUGGUCAGUGAAUGUUACACUGGACAUUCGAUCGUCUACAAGCACCGGGGUGAUGUUUGCCCUGGUUAAAGAGGACACUGUCCCUCUAGCCUUAGCUAUUGAAGAUCAUUCAUUGGAUAUUGUGCAAGAUAUCAUUGUCAGCAUUCAGAGCGUUACAGUGGCACGGCUCACAACUAAAAGAAUAUGCACUGACAAGAAUAUUUCCAUAAGUUUCACAGUCACAAAGUCAGCUGUGGAAAUAACAUCCAGUUCUUACACUGAAAUUCACUACAUAGGCGAGGAGGAAAUGAAGAAGCAGCUCGCCAUUUUGGACCAGUCAAUGAGGGGCCAAGUGGACACAUAUUUAGGAGGCAUUCCAGAUGUCCCAGUUAUGGCUACUCCAGUUUCCGCCUUCUACGUUGGCUGUAUGGACAUCACCAUUAAUGGAAAGCUGGUGGACCUUGAUGAUGCUUUGUUCAAGCAAAAUGACAUUCGAUCACAUUCUUGUCCUUUAAUUUCUUAGUCUCAAGAGUGACUUGUUAUAUUUUUUUAUAUUUUUGUAGCAUCUACUACUGAACUACCAAACUUAUGUGACCUACAAGAGAUGUGCCAGAACUCUUUGUGCUAUGUGUAAUACUCUGUACUGUAUCGUGUGCCGAACUUAAAGGGUAACUCUCAUUAAAACUAGUUUUUGCUAUUGCACUCCUUAUGG